CGACCUAGUCAAGCUCAUCUGGUGUUCAGUUUAAAACUCUUUUUAAGCCAUAGAUUUCAUACACAAAUGAAAUUACUAAUUGUGGUGGCGUUGGUCAACGCCUUUGUGAGUGCUGAUGUGUCGCACAUACUGCAACCCCAAACUGCCGAUGGCGCGUACAUUUAUGAAAUACCUAAAAUCCAAUUGUGUGCAAAUGGCAAAGUAGGACCACCGUGUGAAGAAUCAACAAAUCAGAACAGAGAAUACUUGCCACCAAAGUGCCCAGACGGAUACACUGGAAUAUAUCCUAAAUGUGUACCUCCCAGGUGCCCAUCUGGAUACACUGGGCAAUACCCAGAUUGCCGUCGCCCAACUACCCCAACCCCAAGGUGCGCUCCAGGGCUACUAGGAGAGUAUCCUAAUUGUUAUGCACCAACUACUACCCCUGCUCCAAGGUGUCCACCUGGAACCUUUGGACAGUACCCAGACUGCCGUCGUCCUACGACCACACCAGCUCCUCGCUGCCCCUCAGGAUACACUGGAGUGUACCCAAAUUGUCGCGCACCAACAACAACUCAGGCACCUCGAUGCCCUCUUGGUCAAUUAGGAACAUAUCCUAACUGCUAUUCCCCAACAACGACACCAGCUCCUAGGUGUGCUCCGGGACUUCUUGGAACAUAUCCAAAUUGUUAUGCUGCCACUACAACUCCAGCACCCAGAUGCGCUCCUGGACUCGUAGGAAUUUACCCCAAUUGCUAUGCUCCAACGACAACACCAGCGCCAAGAUGCCCUUCAGGAUACACUGGAGUAUACCCCAAUUGUGCUCCACCAACCACAACCCCUGCCCCACGAUGUGCUCCUGGAUUCGUCGGAGUAUAUCCUGACUGUAGGCGUCCUACUACAACACCCGCUCCACGAUGCCCCUCUGGUCAAUUGGGUACAUACCCCAAUUGCUAUUCUCCAACAACAACGCCAGCUCCAAGAUGUCCUCCAGGUUACACUGGAGUCUAUCCCAAUUGUGCACCACCAACGACCACUCCAGCACCUAGAUGCCCUCCUGGACAAUUGGGAAGGUAUCCUAACUGCUAUUCCCCAACAACAACGCCUGCACCUAGAUGCGCUCCUGGAUUAUUGGGAACGUAUCCUAACUGCUAUGCACCCACGACAACUCCUGCACCAAGAUGUGCUCCUGGAUUUGUAGGAGUGUACCCUGAUUGCAGGCGCCCAACUACAACCCCAGCUCCUAGAUGUCCCGCUGGUCAAUUGGGUACAUAUCCCAAUUGCUAUUCCCCAACAACAACACCAGCUCCAAGAUGUCCUCCUGGAUAUACUGGAGUUUACCCCAACUGUGCUCCUCCAACCACAACUCCAGCACCUAGAUGUCCUCCUGGUCAGUUGGGAAGGUAUCCUAACUGCUAUUCCCCUACAACUACUCCAGCACCUAGAUGCGCUCCUGGACUAUUGGGAACAUAUCCUAACUGCUAUGCCCCUACGACUACUCCCGCCCCAAGAUGUGCCCCAGGUUUCGUUGGAGUCUAUCCUGAUUGUCGUCGUCCAACGACAACACCUGCACCAAGAUGUCCUGCAGGAUAUUCCGGUGUCUAUCCUGACUGCUACAAGCCUACGACACAACGUAACACCUACUUGCCUCCAUCUCCUACAACUCCGGCUCCUCGAUGUGCACCAGGAUUUGUAGGAGUUUAUCCUGACUGUAGGCGUCCUACUACUACACCGGCCCCCCGAUGCGCCCCUGGCCAAUUGGGAACAUACCCCAACUGUUACUCCCCUACCACAACACCUGCACCAAGAUGUCCUGCAGGAUAUACAGGAGUUUAUCCCAACUGCGCUCCUCCAACCACUACUCCAGCACCUAGAUGUCCUCCUGGUCAGUUGGGAAGGUAUCCUAACUGCUAUGCCCCUACAACUACUCCAGCUCCUAGGUGUGCCCCAGGAUUCGUCGGAGUUUAUCCUGACUGUCGUCGUCCCACAACUACACCGGCCCCAAGGUGCGCUCCUGGCCUCUUAGGAACAUAUCCUAACUGCUAUGCUCCUACAACCACUCCAGCUCCACGCUGCCCUGCUGGUCAACUGGGAACAUACCCCAAUUGCUAUUCCCCAACUACAACACCAGCUCCAAGAUGUCCACCUGGAUACAGUGGGGUGUACCCGAAUUGUCGUGCCCCAACCACUACUCCAGCACCUAGAUGUCCUCCUGGUCAAUUGGGAAGGUAUCCUAACUGCUAUGCCCCUACAACUACUCCAGCUCCUAGGUGUGCCCCAGGAUUCGUCGGAGUUUAUCCUGACUGCCGUCGUCCCACAACAACACCGGCCCCAAGGUGCGCUCCUGGCCUCUUAGGAACAUAUCCUAACUGCUAUGCUCCUACAACCACUCCAGCUCCGCGCUGCCCUGCUGGUCAAUUGGGAACAUAUCCCAAUUGCUAUUCCCCAACAACAACACCAGCUCCAAGAUGUCCACCUGGAUACAGUGGGGUGUACCCGAAUUGUCGUGCACCAACCACUACUCCAGCACCAACAUGCGCUCGUGGUCAGUUAGGAACAUACCCUAACUGCUAUUCUCCAACAACAACACCUGCCCCUAGGUGUGCCCCAGGAUUUGUUGGAGUGUAUCCAGAUUGCCGUCGUCCAACGACUACUCCUGCUCCAAGAUGUCCAGCAGGAUAUUCUGGAUUUUAUCCCGACUGCUAUAAGCCCACAACAGAACGAAACACUUACUUGCCUCCAAGUCCUUCACCCACCACAACACCAGCACCAAGAUGCCCACCAGGAACAACCGGUUUCUACCCAAAUUGUCGCCGCCCAACAACACCAACUCCAAGAUGUGCACCAGGACUCGUAGGUACAUAUCCUAACUGUUAUGCUCCUACAACUACGCCAGCUCCAAGAUGUCCACCUGGAUACAGUGGAGUGUACCCCAACUGUCGUGCACCAACCACCACUCCAGCACCACGAUGCCCCGUUGGUCAAUUAGGAACAUACCCUAACUGCUAUUCUCCAACAACAACACCAGCUCCAAGAUGUCCUCCAGGUUACACUGGAGUCUAUCCCAAUUGUGCACCACCAACCACUACACCAGCACCUAGAUGCCCUCCCGGACAACUGGGACGAUAUCCCAACUGCUAUUCCCCAACAACAACACCUGCACCUAGAUGCGCUCCUGGAUUAUUGGGAACGUAUCCUAACUGCUACGCUCCUACGACAACCCCUGCUCCACGAUGCGCUCCAGGAUUCGUCGGAGUGUACCCUGACUGCAGGCGUCCAACUACAACCCCAGCUCCUAGAUGCCCCGCUGGUCAAUUAGGAACCUACCCUAACUGCUAUUCUCCAACAACAACGCCAGCUCCAAGAUGCCCACCUGGAUAUACUGGAGUUUACCCCAACUGUGCUCCUCCAACCACAACUCCAGCACCUAGAUGUCCUCCUGGUCAGUUGGGAAGGUAUCCUAACUGCUAUUCCCCUACAACUACUCCAGCUCCUAGGUGUCCUGCUGGAACAACAGGUGUAUAUCCUGACUGCAGGCGUCCAACAACUACGCAAACUCCAUACUGCCCAGCUGGUACAACUGGAGUCUACCCUGACUGUCGCGCACCAACUACCACUCCUGCACCUAGGUGUCCACAAGGAACUUACGGAACAUAUCCAGACUGUCGCCGUCCAACCACACCUACUCCACGAUGUGCACCCGGUCUUUUGGGAACAUAUCCUAACUGCUAUGCUCCCACAACAACACCUGCACCUCGAUGCGCCCCGGGACUGUUAGGUACAUAUCCUAACUGUUAUGCACCAACGACAACUCCUGCUCCAAGGUGCCCGACUGGUCAAUUAGGAACGUACCCUAACUGUUACUUCCCAACAACUACUCCAGCACCUAGAUGUCCUCCAGGAUACACUGGUGUCUAUCCCAACUGUGCUCCACCGACAACUACACCAGCACCACGCUGUGCUCCAGGACUUCUAGGAACAUAUCCCAAUUGUUACGCCCCUACAACGACUCCAGCACCUCGUUGUCCACCUGGUCAAUUAGGAAGGUAUCCCAACUGUUAUUCACCAACAACAACACCAGCUCCUAGGUGUCCAGCUGGAUACAGUGGUGUUUACCCAGACUGCCGACCACCCCAAACUACUCCAGCUCCAAGAUGCGCUCCAGGACUUCAGGGAGUGUACCCCAAUUGUUAUGCCCCAACGACCCAACGUCCAGUUCCCAAAUGUCCGGCUGGAACCGUGGGCGUCUACCCCAACUGCGAAGAGGAAGGAUACUUCUACCCGAAACCGUCUGUGCCAUUUGUAUUCUAAAUAGGUGAUUUGUUUUCCCACGCAGCAGCCUCCAACGAGAUGAAUUACAAGCUUGAAGCAACGCAGCCACAAAAAUUCAAGAGUUACAUAACGAAUUCACUCAAGUUCAAAUGCAUUGAAACGACUCAUUUUUUUGUAAAGCGAAUUAAUUAAUUAAAAAAAAAUAAAGAAAAAAAUCGUGAAAGUU